AUGAAGAGAGCUCAUAAAAGAUUGCAACAGCAGAAGCUGCAGCCGCCGUCCCAGGCUGACCCGCCGUUUCUACGACUCCUGGAUGCAUUGCGCAAUGUUGUGCAGAAACCCUCGAAAGGGCAAUCAGUAGUUUACUGGAUGAGGAUGGGGGACCUACGGAUUUCAGACAAUAAAGCCCUCGCCCUCGCUUCUGCUCAGGCAGUCAAAGAUCAAAUUCCGCUCGUGGUUUUGCAUGUCUUGAGCCCUCAAGAUUAUAUCGCACACGACCGGAGCAAGUCAAGAAUCGAUUUUGUUCUUCGUAACCUUUCACUUCUGAAGGACGACCUCACAAAGCUAAAUAUCCCCCUUUACACUAUCACGCAUACGCCGCGAAAGACAGUUCCAACUCGUGUCAUCUCAGUCCUGCAGACUCUCCAGGCCACUCGACUAUUCGCGAACAUCGAAUACGAGGUUGACGAGCUUCGGCGUGACCUCGAAGUCUGCUCUUUAGCGAAGAACGCAGGCAUCAGGCCUGCGUAUGUGCACGAUAGGUGUAUUAUUGAACCAGGCGUCGUGAAAACGAAGGAUGGAAGGACAUACACCGUCUACUCGCCGUAUCAACGAAGCUGGAUCAACAUCUUGAAUUCGAAUCUCUUAGAUUAUCUGGACGAAUUCCCAUCUCCAAAACCUAACCCCUCGACAACCAGGGAGAAUCCCAUCUUUGGAUCGUUAUUUGAUGCUCAGGUACCCGUAUCCGUGCAUGACUUCGAACUUGAUUCCGAAGAUGCCACCAAUAUGAUCAAGAUUUGGCCAGCAGGAACAUCUUCUGCUGAAGAGAUACUCUCUCGGUUCUUGUACACCAAAGCGCGCGCGACGCAGCUUGGAGCAGUCGAUCCUGUGGCUGAUGGAGCAGAGAAUUCCGGCAAACGCAGUCGAAUCCUCUUGUAUGACGAGGCUCGCGACAGGGGGGACAGAGACACUACGUCGCGACUGAGCCCCUACCUAUCUGCUGGAGUUAUUUCUGUCAGGGAAUGCGUACGUGCAACGAUGAAGCUUCUUGGAAUUCAGAAAGUGGACGCUGGACGAUCUUCGGGUGUGGGUCGCUGGAUGCAAGAACUCGCCUGGCGAGAUUUCUACACCAAUGUCCUCGCAUACUACCCGCGUGUAUCCAUGGGUCGACCCUUUCAGGAAAAAUAUGCUGGUGUCAAGCAUUUGAACGCCUGGAAAGAGGGCAAGACUGGUGUUCCUAUCGUCGAUGCCGCGAUGAGACAGAUAAACGCUAUGGGCUGGACGCAUAAUCGAAUGCGGAUGAUUGUCGCUAUGUUCCUUUCGAAGGACCUUCUGUUGGAUUGGCGGCUAGGGGAGCGCUAUUUCAUGGAAAAGCUCAUCGAUGGUGAUCUUGCAAGUAACAACGGGGGUUGGCAAUGGAGUGCGUCCACUGGAGUAGACCCGGCACCCUACUUCCGGCUUUUCAACCCCUAUACGCAGUCCUCCAAAGCAGAUCCAACGGGAGAUUUUAUAAGGACGUUCGUACCGGAGCUGAAGAAUCUUUAUGGACCUGAAAUCUACAACCCUCCGGCCAAGGUGGCUGAUAAAUUAGGGUAUCCGAGACCCAUUGUCAACCAUGCUGAAGUGAGAGAGAGGGCAAUCAGGAGGUAUAAGACACCUGGUGAAGAGUGA